AUGAUGCGUCGGAAGACGUCGCGAAUCAGUCCUCAACCAGAGCUAAUGCACAUGCCGUGGCGCAUUUCCCUGCCCGAUAAGAAGCCUGAAGUGAACAAAGAACUAUUGCUGUAUUCUUCUAACAAAUUGGCUAACCCUAUUUCUAGAGCACCAAAAUGCAAUAAAUACCAAUUCAUAUUGGACUAUACCGUGCAACGUGUAGCUAAUGCAAAUGAACUGGAAGCAAUAUUACAAGAGAAAAGCAUUUACAAUUCUUCAUUUUGUACUCCAAACGCCGAACAAACCGAUCUUAACUCUAACGACCAUUUCCUGCCGCUAGAGAUGUUUGACGAUUGGGAGUAUGAUACAUUUGAUCCGGAAGCAUUGGACGACUGGAGAAAAAUGGAGGCUCUGGCAAUUUUGCCACCCUUCACCGUCUGGCAGCGAGUGCAUGUGCUUAAUCACGAGCCAACUUCGAACUAUUGGGAAGUAAGACAAAACGAUACGUCCACAUCUCACCGAAUUCCACGCCAUCAGCUCUACUUACCCUUCGAAGAUCCAUACAAGUUUGCGGAUCGCAUUGUCGCUGCACAAAGAGCCCGCAAAAUGGCCGAAAAUGCCAUUCGUUUCCGAUUCCUCUGUAAGCACCUUUCCAGUGGUGGAUGCUUUGCUCCGGGUCGUACUCUCGAGCAAAGCGUUCUGCGACGCACUAGUCAGGAGGUGUACACUAUAUUUAAGAACCUCUACGAAAGCUACCACAUAGCCUUGGCCGUUGGAAAACAUCUCAACCAGGACAGCACGAUGGCAAUCAAACAGCCCACCGUUGGCUGUCUGGACUCGAUGAAACACACCGCUCUUCCUAUGGCAGACGGUUCUGCAAACAUCGCUUAUCUGCUCGACUGUUUCAGGCGCACCACUUUGCUCUGUGAUCGGAACGUGUUCCAUGCGCUGCGCUUUGUAAAUCAAGAGUGUGAGAUGGUGCGAAAGCUACCACUGUUUAUCGUGGCGAACGAGAAACCUAUUCCGCUGGAAGAAUACGAGAAGGCGAAUCUAAUUCAAACGAGCAAAACGAUGAAGUACCUGCAGAAUAGCUGGAUCGAGCGUUCGACCAUGCAUUUGCAUCGGUUGCUAUCGCGCAUCGGUGAUGGGAACUUCAAUAUCAAGGUAACGAGGUGGAAUAUCUACUCCGUAAUGAAGCUGAAGCGUCUCGUUGAACAGGUGCUGUACCGUAUGCAAGAUGCGCUGAGAGAUCUUCUGCUUGACUCAACCACUGCAUACGUUCAUUAUCUCGUGAACGAUUGCAGCGCCAUACUGUCGAUAGAGGACGAGGCCCACUACACCUGGGAUGGUAACCUUAUCGACAGUCCGUUCGAACCGAAACGUCCGGCCGUGUUUUAUCUCACGCUCGAGAUGGGUCAAGAAACGCCAUACUAUUCUACCGAUCCGGAUACGUUUCCCGCUACACUACGACAGCUUAUGGAUGGCAUUCUAACGGAGUGCCACUUCAUACACACAGUCGAACCUUCCUUCCUGCAGUCUCUUAUAUUUGCAGAAAAUCUCUUCCUUUCCUCUGUGGGACUCCUUGAUCCGAUAAUCGUGAGCCGGCGGGAAGCAUUGCUGGAGUAUUAUCAAAAAUCAUUGCUUCCGCUAAAGGCCUACGCUGCACGAUACACCGCCUACAGAGAGCUGUUCUUUACCAACGUAAAAGAAUUCAUCGAACACAUCAAAAGCGCGGACAAAACAUCGUCCGAAAUUAAAGAGGACAUUGCACAUCAGAUUCGUAUGAGAGAAAAUUUGGAACACACCGUUCCGCUUUAUAUCGUAAUAGGCCCGUACUGGAUCAAUGUCCAACCCCUGCGGGAAGCUUUGAUCCGCAAGCGGCUCGAAUUGACGGCCGCACUGCUGAAGAUGCUUACGGAAAAGUUGUGUCUCAAGACGGCGGACGUGAUAGGAUGCUACAACACCAUCAACGAGCGGAUGUGUGAAAAGCCCGUCUCAAUCGAGCACAUCUACGACAUCCGUGCGUACAUGGAGGACGUUCCGGAGCUUGUGGGCCGGUUGGAAGAUCGUAUGCGGAGCAUACUGUACGAGUACGAAAUAUUGGAUGGCUUUCUGCACAAUCUGCCGGAUGCAGACUUUCAGCAGAAAUGGAACGCGCUUGCCUACCCACGGUUGGUGCUGAAGCAGUUGGUUUCGGUGAAGGAAUUUCACGAGUCCGAGGUGGACCGGUUCCGGAAGCAACAGUUUGCCGACGAAGCCGCCUUUACCGCAAGCAUCGAGGACAUCAAUGCGUACAUCUCCAAGUUUACCACGCUGUACGAUGUGUCGAAGGUGUCGGAGAUGUCGGUCGAGGUACGGCGCCUCUGGAAGGCGCUGCAAGAGCUGAUCGAGCAGGGUCACAUCAUGAACCGACGCCAGGAGCUGUUCGAGAUGGCACCGAUUAGCUUGAAUAAUUUAUACGAACUACGGACCAAUUUCAAAGCCUACCGGGAACUGUGGACGGUGGCGGCCGACUAUUUAAAGCUGGAAGAAACCUGGAUCGGUAACCCGUUGGCCAGUGUUGACCUGGAGGGUGUACGCAGAGGAUUACAGCAGACGCACGACGGUCUGAAGGAUUUGCUACCGCUCUUCUGUGACCAGCCACAGCUGCUGGCCGUUGUUGAGCAUUUCAUCUUGGUUGUGGAAUCUUUCCGACCAAACUUGGACAUUAUGGAGCUGCUAAAGUGUCCCUACCUGGAAGCCAUUCACUGGGGCCAGCUGGCAAAGGAAAUCGGCGUCAAGGGUAAGCUGUCGGUGGACGUUGGGUUCGAUGUGUUUUUGGAACACGGGUUCCGGGAUCAUCUCGAGACGGUUCGGCGUGUUGUGGUGAAGGCGGAGCAGCAGCGGCUGGAGCAAGAGGCACGCUGGGCGGAAGAGGAACGUAUCAGGCAGAUAGAAGAGAAUUUUAGACGGGCACGAGCAGAACGACGCCAGAAGCGUACGGAAAUAUGA